CAGAUUGUCAGGGGCAGACUGAGUAGGAAGGAGACAAACACAGGAGGAGGAGAGAACAAGAGUUUCUGAUGAGCCGGAGACUGACAGAGAAUAGAUCUAGAUAAACUUCACUGGAUCUAGGGCGAUAAUUCAGGAGGGGGGAAUUUCCAGUGGCUGCAGGAAAAGUUUCCGGCUAGUUGUACAGACACAGGCCUAUUCGGAUGAGUUAUUCUGCACUCUGCAAAACAGUCUACCUAAAGACAUUUGCACUUUAUAUUAAUCUUAUGAAUUGAGAACAUCCAUUAAAAGAAACUGGGGGAAAAAAAGAUGUUGCUGUCAAAUGGGAGCUAGAGACUGCAAAAUGAAGAAAUGUAAGCGUACCCGACAUGCAUGCUAAGGGUAAUGUGUGGAUUUGUUAGGAAUGCCUUAUGUGGAUCGGCUGAACCGAACCUGUGGGUUUCUGGACAUCGAGGAUGCAGGGAGUGGGAGAUUUCUCCGGAGAUAUUUCAUUCUGGACACCCAGGCAAAUUACCUGCUUUGGUACAUGGAUAAUCCCCAGAAUCUGCCCAACGGUACUGGAGCGGUGGGGUCUCUGAAACUGACAUAUAUAUCAAAAGUUGGCACAGCUGCUGUGAAACAAAAGGCAAAGCUGUCAUGUUGCUUCGUUAUCAAUGCCUUAUCUCAGCGUUACUUUCUUCAAGCCAGUGACCAGAAGGAUCUCCAGGGAUGGGUGGAUGCCUUAAACUCUGCAAGUAAAAUCACUGUACCCAGGCCGGGUGCUGCUCACACAUCUGAGACAGAAUCCACUGCUGCUCGGGAGAAAAAAACACAGACCGCGUACAAGACGGAGAUAAUUGGGGGUGUGGUCGUGCAGACCCCCCUCAGCCAGAAUGGUGGAGACUGUCCAGAAAUAAGACCGAGUGAAGGGGCCUCUCAUUCCAUACUCCGGCGCAGUCAGAGCCACAUACCGUUACCUGUGAAUAAGCAAUUGCCUUUUCCUUCAGUUUUGAAGAGUGGAUAUUGUGUGAAGCAAGGAAAUAUGAGAAAAAACUGGAAAAGAAGAUAUUUUGUCUUGAGCGCUUUUUCUAUUAAUUACUACAAAUGUGAAAAGGACCGGGAACCUCUACGUUGUAUACAUCUUAGGGAUAUUUUGAAGACCCAUGAAUGUCUAGUUAAGUCUGGCGAUUUACUGAUGAGGGACAAUCUGUUUGAAAUCAUUACUGGCCCCAGGACAUUCUAUAUCCAGGCUGACAGUCCUCGGGAGAUGGAUAGCUGGAUAAAAGCCAUUAAUGCUGCCGUACAGACCUUCAGGACACGCUGUCGGGAAUCUUUUGGACGCACCAUGUCUUUAAACCGUGCCUCCACGCCAGUUUCCGCCCCAGCCUCCGUCCACUCCCUGCCCCACUGUGAUGCCAAGCGGCUACUGGAAAAGAGUACAUCAGUGAAGUCCUCCUGGCAGCCCUGGACCCCAGUACCCAAAUAUGAAACAGAGCUGUCUGGAGCAGUGACAUUGGGAGGCUCUAGUGAAUAUGCUGAAGGGUUGGUCAGAGCCAGGCACAUGUCUGAGCCCCAACGGCUGAGCAACAAUCCAUUUCCAUUCAGUCUAGAUGACACAAACAUCCGUACGUCAGAUGUGUGACCAAGUCACAGCUCAUGUAACUUUGGUGCACAUGGGGAACAAUCCUGCACAUACAGACUGCAUCACCAUAUACUGCAGUAUUCUUAUUCCCAGGCCAUGGCUGCACCAUUAUGCAGUAUUCAUUUUUCUUAGGAGAGCUUCAAAUAAGAAAGCUUUAUUGAAUGUUACAGCCUUAACUGGGCAUUUGACUGUGAAAUAGUGUCAUUUCUCUUUUUGUGUUUGGACUAAAUAUCAGAAAUAAUAACUGGCGGCCAUAUUAAUUAACCACUGCUAUAUCUUGUACGGUUUGGUGCAUAUGAUGAGUGGACAAUGGUGUAUAUAUACCCUUUGGUUUACAGAGUGUCUUGUGCUUAGCGUGAUAUUUCUUCUCACGCUAUUCAGAGUUAGGCUGAAGGGCAUGGGUUUCCAACCAUUGUCCGCAAGGCACACUAAUACUGCUUUCAGAUUGCUAAUGCCGGGUCGCACCCGGAAAUUGGAA